GCAAGAAGCAGAAGAGAAAAAAGCUAACGUCCACCGCAAGCUUUCCCUCUCUCUCUCGCCACCUCUCUGCUGCGUGCUUUUCAAAUUACGCUCUCUCGGACGCAUAAGACAAAAACCGCGAAUUCCCCCGCUCCCCACCUCCUCCCAGUCGUCGUGGCGGCAGCGCGCCGUGACGUGUGGGCUUCCGCCGCCGAUCCCCCUCCGCGCUUCGCCCCGCCAUUCGCCGCGACACCUGUUCUCAGGGCGGGAACUCGGGAAGCCUCCCCCUCCCUCCUUCCUUCCUCCCGAAGGCAUGCCUGAGCCGAAGAUGGCGAGCCUGCGGAAGGGCUCCAAGGUGUGGGCGGAGGACCGGGGCUCCGCUUGGAUCGCCGCCGAGGUCGUCGAUUCCGCGGGGAAGCAGGUCCGGGUGUUGACCGCCGCCGGCAAAAAGGUUUUGGCUUCGCCUGAGAAGCUGCAUCCUCGGGACGCGGAUGGCGAGGAGCUCAAUGGGGUCGACGACAUGACCAAGCUGACGUACUUGAAUGAGCCCGAAGUGCUUUACAACCUCGAGAGGAGAUACGCGCUGAAUGAUAUAUACACUUACACGGGAAGCAUUUUGAUAGCUGUCAAUCCAUUUACAAAGCUUCCCCACCUCUACAAUGUGCAUAUGAUGGACCAGUAUAAGGGAGCUCCUUUUGGGCAGCUAAGUCCACAUGUAUUUGCAGUGGCUGAUGCAUCAUACAGAGCAAUGGUAGAUGAGGGUAAGAGCCAAUCUAUACUAGUUAGUGGGGAAAGUGGGGCUGGAAAAACCGAGACAACAAAACUGAUUAUGCAGUACCUCACUUAUGUGGGGGGUCGCACUGCUAGUUCUGGUGAUGAUCGAACAGUAGAGCAGCAAGUUCUUGAAUCAAAUCCACUAUUGGAGGCAUUUGGUAAUGCGAGGACUGUCAGAAAUGAUAAUUCUAGUCGUUUUGGCAAGUUUGUUGAAAUCCAGUUCGAUGCGAACGGUAGAAUAUCCGGUGCCGCAAUUAGAACUUAUCUUUUGGAACGUUCUCGGGUUGUUCAAAUAACUGAUCCUGAAAGGAACUAUCACUGCUUCUAUCAAUUAUGCGCAUCUGGAAGGGAUGCAGAAAAAUACAAGUUGGGACAUCCGAGCCUGUUCCACUACUUAAACCAAAGUAAGACUUAUGAGCUGGAAGGAGUGAGCAGUUCAGAUGAAUAUUUGAAGAUGAGAAGAGCAAUGGAUAUUGUUGGCAUAAGUUCUGAAGACCAGGAAGCUAUUUUUCGCACAUUGGCCGGAAUUCUGCAUCUAGGAAAUAUUGAAUUUUCACCAGGCAAAGAGCAUGAUUCUUCUGCCAUAAAGGAUCAGAAAUCUGGCUUCCACAUGCAGAUGGCUGCUAAUCUUUUUAUGUGUGAUGUGAACCUCUUGCUAGCAACGCUAUCCACUCGUACAAUUCAAACUCGUGAAGGAAACAUUGUGAAAGCCCUUGAUUGUAAUGCUGCAAUUGCCAGUCGAGAUGCACUGGCAAAGACAAUCUAUGCUCGGCUAUUUGACUGGUUGGUUGAUAAGAUUAACAGGUCUGUUGGUCAAGACCCAAACUCUCGUGUUCAAAUUGGAGUCCUGGAUAUAUAUGGCUUUGAAUGCUUUGAGCGUAAUAGCUUUGAGCAAUUCUGCAUCAACUUUGCAAAUGAGAAGCUUCAGCAGCACUUCAAUGAGCAUGUGUUCAAGAUGGAGCAGGAGGAGUAUAGCAAAGAAGAAAUUAAUUGGAGCUAUAUAGAAUUUAUAGACAACCAAGAUGUUUUGGAUUUGAUUGAGAAGAAACCUAUUGGGAUUAUUGCUCUGUUGGACGAAGCUUGUAUGUUCCCAAAGUCAACACAUGAAACCUUGUCAACCAAACUGUUUCAAAACUUUCGGUCACAUCCAAGGUUGGAAAAGGCCAAAUUUUCGGAAACAGAUUUCAGGAUUGCCCACUAUGCUGGAAAGGUCACAUACCAAACGGAAACCUUCAUAGAUAAGAACCGAGAUUACGUCGUGGUGGAGCAUUGCAAUCUUUUGUCCUCUUAAUGCCCCUUUGUCGCUGGUCUUUUCCCUGCUCUUCCGGAGGAAUCGUCAAGAUCAUCCUAUAAAUUUUCUUCUGUUUCUUCUAGAUUUAAGCAACAACUCCAAGCACUUAUGGAAACCCUCAACUCAACAGAACCUCAUUAUGUGCGUUGUGUAAAGCCAAACUCCCUAAAUCAACCGCAAAAGUUUGAGAAACUCAGUGUCUUGCACCAGCUACGCUGUGGGGGUGUUCUGGAGGCAGUUCGCAUAAGUUUGGCUGGUUAUCCAACUCGAAGGUCUUAUUCAGAAUUUGUGGAUCGUUUUGGACUGCUAGCUCCUGAUCUUCUAUUUGGAAGUUAUGAUGAAAAGAUGAUCACUGAAAAAAUCCUGCAGAAAUUGAAGCUUGAAAACUUUCAGCUUGGGAGGACCAAAGUGUUUCUUAGGGCUGGUCAAAUUGGUAGUUUAGACUCACGGCGAGCUGAGGUUCUGGAUAGUGCUGCAAAAUGCAUCCAACAUCGUUUUCAUACAUUUAUUGCAAGGAGGGAUUUUGUAUCUAUCAGGGGUGCUGCUUAUGUUCUUCAAGCAUACUGUAGAGGAUGCCUUGCCCGGACACUCUAUGAAGUGAAGCAGAAGACAAUGGCUGCUAUUAUUAUGCAAAAGUAUUUGAGGGGCUGGCUGAUACGGUCUGGUUAUGGGAAAGUGCGUGCAGCUGCCAUUGCCAUACAGUCAAGUAUACGUGGUUUUGCAGUACGCCAAAAGUUUUUAUAUGGAAAGAAACACAGAGCUGCUAUCCUGAUUCAGGCUCGAUGGAGAAUGCACAAGUUCCGCUUAGCUUUGAGGCAUCAUCAGGCUUCUAUCAUUGCAAUACAGUGUCUAUGGAGGCGAAAACUUGCUAUAAGAGAACUCAGGAGGCUGAAGAAAGAAGCUAAUGAAGCUGGUGCCUUGCGCAUGGCUAAGAAUAAGCUAGAGAAGCAGUUGGAAGAUCUUACAUGGCGCUUGCAUCUAGAAAAACGUUUACGGGUUUCUAAUGAUGAAGCUAAGCUGGCGGAGAUUUCAAAAUUUCGGAAGACAGUAGAAUCAUUGAAUCUUGAAUUAGAUGCUGCUAAGUUGGCAACAAUAAAUGAAUGUAACAAGAAUGCAGUGCUUCAAACUCAGUUAGAAUUGUCGAUGAAAGAAAAGUCAUCCCUGGAAAGAGAGCUUGUUUCAGUUGCAGAGCUGAAGAAGGAAAAUGCACAGCUGAAGAGUGCCUUAGACACUUUGGAAAGUAAGAACUCUGCUCUGGAGCUUGCACUCAUCAAGGCUCGAAAGGAAACUGAUGAUGCAAUUGGGAAGUUACGCCAAGUGGAAGAGAAGUGGUUUCAGUUGCAAGAGAACGUGAAAAGCCUUGAGACAAAGCUCUCAAACUUAGAAGAUGAGAACCACAUUUUACGACAAAAAGCACUAAGUGUGUCCCCAAAGAGUAAUCGCGCAGGUCUUGUGAAGGCAUAUUCGGAAAAGUAUUCUUCUGCACUGGCUCUUCCAAAUAGUGACAAGAAGAAUGUUUUUGAUUCUCCAACUCCUACCAAACUUAUUCUACCUUUUUCACAUGGCUUGUCCGAGUCACGCAGGACCAAGUUAACUGCUGAGAGACAUCAGGAGAACUAUGAACUUCUUUCGAGGUGCAUCAGAGAAGAUCUAGGCUUCAAGGAUGGCAAACCAGUUGCUGCUUGUAUUAUGUACAACUGUCUGCUUCACUGGCAUGCCUUUGAAUCCGAGAGAACGGCUAUAUUUGAUUAUAUUAUUGAAGGAAUCAAUGAAGUUCUUAAGGUUGGGGAUGAAAACAUUACUUUGCCUUAUUGGUUGUCCAAUGCAUCAGCACUUCUAUGCCUCCUGCAGAGGAACUUACGUACAACCGGUUUUCUUAUAGCAGCCGGUCAGCGAUCUUCUGGGGCUUCUGCAUUGACAGCGAGAGUCAUGCAGAGCGUAAAAUCACCGUUCAAGCAUAUUGGUUUUGAGGAUGGUCUUUCACAUAUGGAAGCAAGAUACCCUGCCAUACUUUUUAAACAGCAGUUAACCGCUUGUGUAGAGAAAAUUUUUGGGUUAAUUCGCGACAAUAUUAAGAAAGAAUUGUCUCCUCUCCUGGGUUUGUGCAUUCAGGCACCAAAAAUUGCACGUGGCAAAUCUUCUAGAUCGCCUGGCAAUGUUCCUCAGCAGUUUCCUAGUAGUCAGUGGGAGAGCAUUAUCAAGUUUUUGGAUUCUCUAAUGAGUCGUCUUCGAGCAAACCAUGUACCCUCCUUUUUCAUUCGUAAGCUUGUCACUCAGGUUUUCUCUUUCAUCAACAUUCAACUCUUCAACAGUCUUCUCCUGCGGCGUGAAUGUUGCACCUUUUCAAAUGGUGAGUACGUAAAAUCUGGCCUGGCAGAUCUGGAGAAAUGGAUAGUGAAUGCAAAGGAGGAGUAUGCAGGAACAUCUUGGCAUGAGCUCAAUUACAUCAGACAAGCUGUUGGAUUUCUGGUGAUACAUCAGAAGAGGAAAAAGUCUCUAGAAGAAAUUAUGCAGGAUCUGUGUCCGGCAUUGACUGUGAGACAAAUAUAUCGAAUUAGUACAAUGUAUUGGGAUGAUAAAUAUGGGACUCAAAGUGUCUCAAACGAUGUGGUUGCUCAAAUGAGAGAGAUCCUGAACAGGGACAAUCAAAAUCUUACCUCAAAUUCAUUCUUGUUGGAUGAUGACCUCAGCAUCCCAUUCUCAACUGAAGAUAUCGAUAUGGCAAUUCCGGCAAUAGAUCCUUCAGAUAUUGAACCACCAAGCUUUUUGUCUGAGUACUCUUGUGUACAGUUCCUCAUCCCGCACCAGAAUCAAAAGUAAAGAUGGCCUUGUGUUGUAAACUGCACGUCACCUUACUCGAUGACCACGCCUCCCUCUGUUGUUGUACAUAAUGAUUUUCUCAGAAAAAAGAAGAAAAUUAAAAAGGCAGAAGCAGCUUCAUUACUCACUUCUUGUGAAGAUGGUAUCUCUUGCUCAAGAGAAGGAAAUGCAUCUGGAGUCAUCAGUAAACUUUUGUGAAUUAGGGUUUCGGUUAGCUUCAAAUUGGGGGAUUAGUAUUGAUUGGUUGGAAAGGCAGAUCAGUGGUAUUCUUUGUUUCUCAGUUUAGUUUGUAGACAGGUCACGUAUAUUUCAGGAUUAGGUGGUCAUUUGUUUUUACUGGAAAGGCGGCUUCCUUUUUCAUUGGGGCUUUGUCCUUUCAAGUUUGUACAUACAUCCCCAAAAUAGUCUUGUCUUAGGUUAUGCUCCUUUGCCUUUUUCUUUUUAUCAUUAAUUUUGUUGAUUGACCGGCAAUACAAAAACAGGUGAUGUACAUAUAACUUUAGUCAAUCCAUGUGGUCAUUUAUAUCAGCGAUCGAUCAGUUUGUAAUCA